AUGGAUGACGUAACUCGUACUGAAACCAUGAAAUUUUUAGAAAUGAUGGAAAAUCUUAAACUGUUAAAUAUAUAUUUGGAUGAAGAAGGUAAAGACGCUUUUGAAACUCUGAAGAAUAAACCAGACACGUCAUCUUGGAGAAAAUUAGCGGGAAUAGUUCUAGCGCAAUUAAUAUUGUUUAAUAGACGUCGUGCUGGUGAAGCUGAAAGGAUCGAGAUUAGCCAGUAUUUGCAGGGGUUAAAGGUUGGUGGAGAAGUUCAAGAAGAUAUAUAUAGUUCACUGUCUAGAUUUGAGAAAAAAUUAGUUGAAACAUUAAAUCGGGUAGAAAUAAGAGGAAAAAGAGGUAGAAGGGUACCAAUACUCUUCACUAAUGCCCAAAAAUCACGAAUAGACCUAUUGAUACAGACCAGAGGUAAAUGCGACAUUGAUAAGAAGAAUAUUUAUGUAUUUGCCAGAUGUGGUCAAUCCACAACACCAUUAAGAAGUUCUGAUAUACUUAGAAAAUUUGCCAAAGAAUGUGGUGCCAAAAACCCUGAACAUCUAACCUCUACAUCUCUGAGAAAACAUAUUGCUACAGUUUCUCAAAUACUGAGUCUGAAAGAAAAUGAAAUGGAUGCCUUGGCUGGAUUCCUUGGGCAUGACAUAAGAGUUCAUCGAGAAUUUUAUAGGUUACCAUAG